AUGAAAGAACCUUGUAUCGAGCACUUUAAAAAGCUGAGGACGUUACCAGCUUUCCCCUUCACUGUCAUCAUUACAACAAGUUCCUCAGGUGUAACUACAAGCAAUCAGAAAUUCUGUAAGUCUUAUUCAACCUGCUGCUCCAUCCUGAGUGAUACAGAUAUUGUUCCACCACUUUUAUCACCAAGCAGAGGAUUCAUCAGGCAGAACUGGGACUCGGGGCUGCCUUCCCUGCUUCCUUCUGAUUCCUUCAAGUAUCUCAGCUGGCAUGACAUAGAGGAACAUGAUGUUCAAGGAAAUCAGCUCCACUGUCCCCGGGUGAGAAAAGGGCCUUCAGAAGAAGAGCUGUUUUUCAGAGGAGAAGAACAUACUCUGAAAAAAAGAAAACUUGUAACUGACACAGAGAAGUGGCAAAAGAAACUUCAGGAGAACUGGGAAAACUGUGCUGAGUUGAACCUCUCAUUUCAGGACCUGGGUGAUCUUUACCAAGUGGAAAACUUCAGGAGAAUUCUCCAAAGAUUAAUUCGUGUGGAAAAACUGUGGUUGGUGGACAAUUCUUUGACAGACCUAAGUGCCAUACGGUUGCCAAGAUGCAGAGAACUAAAUGUCAAUAAAAACUACUUUACAUCCUUCAAACAGCUGCCAAAAAUACCUCAGAUUCAGCACUUAUCACUGGCUGAAAAUAACAUUAUGACACUAAGUGGAAUAUCAGACUUGAGACACACUCCACUCGAAUCCCUUAUACUCAAGAGGAAUCCCUGUGAGUUUCAAGAAAGCUACAGGCAACAUGUAUUCUUCAGUUUGCCAAAUCUGAAAAUACUGGAUGGUGUCCCAAAACUACCAGAGGACUUUUCACCCCCAGAUCCCAGUUGUUUUCCCAAAAUGUGUACUGUGCUCUAGCACUGUGUUCUUGUUGCAUCACAACUGUGCUCGAAUCACCUUACUUUAAAGAAUCAAUAAAUCCUGCAAGUGGAAGUUAAUAUUUUUUUCUGAUCAAAGAGGGAUUCAGUCAGAAUUAAAACUCUUCUGAAUGUGUUCAUGAUACCACAGACAUCAACCUCGGCCGACUUGCUGAGGCCCCUUCCCAAUGGUCUGAAGACAGCUACCAACACGCAAAUGGAAGCAAAUAAGGAGGCAACAUGGUGCUAAACAAGUGAGAGUAUCAUGACAACGAAGAGUCACUACCAACAUUCCAUCCCACCGUGGACUCCUAUAAAUAUAUCAGCUCUGACAGGUGAUGUACGUAUUUAAUGCUAAUGCUGUCCAGUUUUCCUAGUGGUUGAGUGAUCCCUCAGCUAACUGCUCUUGGAAAAUCAGAGAAGAGCAA